CAACACCACAAACACUAUCUUCAGAUUCUCUAUCCUAUUAUUAUCUUCAUUUACAUAAUGAAAGCACAGGCAAACCCACUGUUUUAGAGUUGCAGAAGAACUAAAUUCCCCAGAAUUUGUUUCAGUAAUGGCUGCCUCAGUUAUGGCUUCUUCAGUUACCCUCAAGCCUUCAUUCAAUGUUGAGAAAUCUGGUGUAAGAGGGGUUCCUUCCCUUGCUAGGUCCCCUUCUUCUUUCAAGGUUGAAGCCAGUGGUGGCAAGAAGAUCAAGACCGACAAGCCUUAUGGAAUCAAUGGUGGUAUGAACUUGAGGGAUGGUCUUGAUGCCUCUGGAAGGAAGGGUAAGGGAAAGGGUGUUUACCAAUAUGUUGACAAAUAUGGUGCUAACGUCGAUGGGUACAGUCCUAUCUUCAACACCAACGACUGGUCUCCCAGUGGUGAUGUUUAUGUUGGCGGUACUACCGGAUUGGCAAUCUGGGCGGUUACCCUAGCCGGAAUUCUUGCCGGUGGUGCACUUCUUGUUUACAAUACAAGUGCUUUGGCACAGUAGAUGUCUCUAAAGUGAUCCUUGCACUUGGUUGCAUUAUAGGCUGUCCGAUGUAAUUGUUGUAAUCAAAGAACCAUCCAACAACUACUUUGCAUAUCUUUAUCUAGAAUAUUUUGCCUUGGACUAAA